CUCCUCAUCAGACAGUCACUCUCCCCUGCAACUUCCAUGAUCUCCCCAAUAAAUUUCUCUGGUCCUUCCAUGCCACGCCAAUUCUUUUUUACCGGAAAUGGAAAAGUUUGGAAGGACCCAACCCAAGACCAAGAGCUAGCAGCUGCCCUCCACUAGCUCACUUGCUCCCUCAUGGCCUCCCUCGCUCCCACCACCAGCUUGCUUCAGAGUCCUGACCCCUAGCCUUCUCCUCCCUCCCCCACCACCCCACGCAAGAAAGAAACCCCAGGACGAGGCCGGAGCCGCUGCAGGAACAGUCAGACCGUGAAGAGCCCGCUGUUUGAUCUGCUGCAAGAGCUCGCCGUCGAUCUCUUCCAGGCAUUGGAGUUGGCAAGUUGAUCUUCCACAAAGCGAUGAAACCACACACUGACCUUGGUGAUCUCGAUUGAGCCCUACCAGUUACCACAUUGCUGGAGCCUUGAGGUAUGGCAUAUUCUGGACAGAGGCAUGGUGGUGUUGGGAGCUCCUCGAGGCCAGGGAAUGGUUUCAAGGGGGCAGCCAACUCGGUGGAGUUUCUGGGUAGGGAGAUGCUGGGAAUGCAACUGAGGGAUGCCAAGCCCGAUACAGAUGAUGAAAGGGAGAUGGGAUCAAGUUCAGAUGUGACUGAUAGUUCUAGUAAUGAAGCUGGUCAUGUAAUAGCGACUACAAUUCGUGGGCACAACGGCCUGCCUAAACAGUCUGUCACAUACAUCGCUGAACAUGUGGUUGGAACUGGUUCUUUUGGGGUUGUAUAUCAGGCAAAAUGCCGAGAAACAGGAGAAAUUGUUGCCAUAAAAAAGGUUCUUCAAGAUAAGCGUUAUAAGAACAGAGAGCUGCAAAUCAUGCAUAUGCUUGACCAUCCUAACAUCAUCGGUCUUAAGCAUUACUUCUUUUCAACAACUGAAAGGGACGAGCUUUAUCUCAAUCUUGUUCUUGAGUUUGUUCCAGAGACAGUAAACAGGAUUGCAAGGCAGUACAACCGAAUGAAUCAGCGGAUGCCCCUCAUUUUUGUCAAACUGUACACGUACCAGAUAUGUCGAGCGCUUGCUUAUAUACAUAACUGCAUUGGCAUAUGCCACCGUGAUAUCAAACCGCAGAAUGUUCUUGUUAACCCACAUACACACCAACUCAAAAUUUGCGAUUUUGGAAGUGCUAAAGUAUUGGUCAGAGGAGAGCCAAACAUCUCCUACAUAUGCUCAAGGUAUUACCGAGCACCAGAGCUCAUAUUUGGGGCAACGGAAUAUACUACUGCUAUUGAUUUGUGGUCAGCAGGCUGUGUCAUGGCAGAGCUGCUUCUAGGACAGCCUCUGUUUCCUGGAGAAAGUGGAGUCGACCAACUAGUUGAGAUCAUCAAGGUUUUGGGUACUCCAACAAGGGAAGAGAUCAAGUGCAUGAACCCAAACUACACGGAGUUCAAGUUCCCACAAAUUAAAGCUCAUCCGUGGCACAAGGUUUUUCAAAGAAGGCUUCCGCCUGAAGCAGUGGAUCUUGUUAGCAGGUUUCUACAGUACUCACCAAAUCUACGGUGCACUGCUUUGGAAGCCUGUAUGCACCCUUUCUUUGAUGAGCUGAGAGACCCAAACACUCGUCUACCGAAUGGUCGGCCUCUGCCGCCUCUCUUCAACUUCAGAUCUCAAGAGCUGAAAGGUGUUCCCCUAGAAGUCGUCGAACGCCUUGUCCCAGAGCACUCAAGAAGGCAGAGUUUGUUCAUGGCGCUACGGACCUAGUUUUCGCCGGUCUUUUUGCCCCCUUUCCCCCCUGCUGUUUGCCACCCUCAGGGAAGCUUGUAAAGCUGUAGCUUCUCCUUUCCUUCGUCCUCCCCUUUCUUUCUUCAGAGCUUUGUGUGGAUGAGAUCCUUGAGAUACACUGCUAGAGCUGUGCUCCAAGUGUGCUAUGUAGAUUGCUGCCUUUGAGUUUGAGGUUGGAGAGUUCGGUUGCAGUGUUGUGAGAGGCUUGUGAAGGGUGUUUUUUUUCUUUUUGUCUAAUUUUCCGUGCUUCUCUGGCUUGGAUUGUUCCUUAAAUUGUUUUGAACUGGCUUCAAGAUUUGGGUAUGUGAAGGCUGUGUGUAGUCAAAGUAGUUGGAUCA